CGGGGGUUGGCCGCGAGUGAGGACGUGGCAGAGAGCAGGCCGAGGAGGGGGCACUUCCGGUGGGAGCGACAGGGCCGGGAACCGGAAGCGGGGCCUGGCGGCGGAGAGCAGCCGGGGCAGCGGCGCCGGGAGGGACGAGCAGGAGCAGCCGGGUGAGACUAGCUUGGGGAUGUGAACACAAUGAGUGUAAACCAGCAAGCUCACACAGGGCUUCCUUAUGGGCAGCCUCAGCCUGGAUAUCAGGGAUACCAACAGUCUGGUUAUGGAGUGCAGCAAAUGUCUGGAGUUCAUCAUUCUCAGUAUGGCGCUUACAAUGGUCCGCUGCCAGGAUAUCAGCAGCCAGCCCCUCCACAAGGUUACUUUUCUUCCUUGGGGUUCCCUUCGAAGGGCUCUCCUGUUUCUCUCAACUCUGACACUCCUACUCUUGCACCUAACUUCAUAGGUACGUUAAGAGCUCCCCCUACAUCUGGAGCACCCCCACCAACCUCUGGUGCACCUGUUCCUGCUGGCCAGCCAGUGUAUAGUCAGUUUGGGCAAGGAGAUGUGCAGAAUGGGGUUGCAACUUCAGCAGUCCAGAUGCAAAGGCCCUCUGCAUCUCAGCCAUUCAUACCAGGCACUGCACCCACACCUAUUAGCCAGCCAGCUACCUUCCAGCAAUAUGGCCCUCCCCCAACCAGUGCACAGCAACUGACCAAUCACAUGGCAGGAAUGCAGAUAGGCAGUUCAACCUCGGCUCCUCCCCCAGCUGGACUGGGCUAUGGUCCCCCAACAUCAGUUCCUCCAGCCUCAGGAAACUUUACUGCGACAGGAUCUGGUCUCUACACACCUUACUCUUCAAACCAAGGACCCCCUCCAGUUACCAUGACCCAUGGAUUGCCUCCUACCAGCCUGGCUCAGGGUCUUUCCCUGGCGCAACCUGCUUUUUCUGGUCCACCACUGUCAGCCCAGCGCCUCCCUCAAGCCUCUGGUUUUGUCCCACCUCCCUGCUCCACAGGGAUUGGACCUUCCAGUUACCCUCCUACCACUGGGGCCCCAAGACCUUCAACAAUGCAAGGCUCACAGUUACCUGGACAGGCUCUAACUGGAUUACCAACAUCCCAGCCUAAUCAUGUGUCCUCACCACCACCUCAUCCAUCCAUGUCAGGGCCUGCAAUGACUGGCCUCCAGGGACCACCUCCUCCCACACAUCCUUCCCAGUCCGGAUACCAAAUGCAGCAGAAUGGUUCCUUUGGACAGGUUAGGGGCCCACAACCAAACUAUGGCAGCGCUUAUCCAGGAACACCAAAUUACGGGAGUCAGCCUGCACCACCUCCCCCGCCAAAACGCUUGGAUCCGGAUUCCAUUCCUAGCCCUCAACUCAGUGAGCUGCCACCCCAGCAGAAACCCAGGCACAGAAUAGACCCAGAUGCAAUUCCUAGCCCAAUCCAAGUAAUUGAAGAUGACAGAAAUAACCGUGGAUCAGAGCCAUUCAUCACUGGAGUUAGAGGGCAGGUCCCACCCCUCGUUACUACCAAUUUUCUGGUGAAAGAUCAAGGUAACGCAAGCCCUCGCUACAUAAGAUGCACAUCUUACAAUAUUCCUUGCACCGCAGAUAUGGCCAAACAAUCCCAGGUUCCCCUAGCUGCUGUCAUAAAACCACUGGCUACGCUACCCACAGAUGAGGCCCCUCCCUAUUUGGUAGACCAUGGAGAACCUGGUCCUAUACGGUGCAAUCGGUGCAAGGCCUACAUGUGUUCUUUUAUGCAGUUCAUUGAGGGUGGAAGGAGAUUCCAGUGUUGCUUCUGCAGCUGCGUCACUGAGGUGCCGCCUCACUACUUCCAGCAUUUGGAUCAUACUGGCAAGAGAGUGGAUUGCUAUGAUCGACCUGAAUUAUCGUUGGGCUCCUAUGAGUUUUUGGCAACAGUCAGCUACUGUAAGAAUAAUAAGUUUCCCAAUCCACCUGCUUUCAUUUUCAUGAUUGAUGUGUCUUACAAUGCUGUAAAGAGUGGCUUGGUGAGGCUGAUCUGUGAAGAGUUGAAGUCACUCCUGGAUUACCUGCCCAGGGAAGGCAACAUGGAAGAGUCAGCCAUUCGGGUGGGCUUUGUCACUUACAACAAAGUGUUGCACUUCUAUAAUGUGAAGAGCUCAUUGGCACAACCGCAAAUGAUGGUUGUGUCGGACGUAGCUGAUAUGUUUGUGCCGCUGCUUGAUGGCUUCCUGGUGAACGUGAACGAGUCCAGGACAGUUAUUGUCAGUUUGCUGGACCAGAUCCCGGAAAUGUUUGCGGACACAAGAGAAACAGAAACUGUCUUUGCCCCAGUGAUUCAGGCAGGAAUGGAGGCACUGAAGGCAGCAGAGUGUGCUGGCAAGCUCUUCAUCUUUCACACCUCACUGCCCAUUGCAGAGGCCCCAGGGAAGCUGAAGAACAGAGAUGACAGGAAGCUCAUCAACACAGAUAAGGAAAAGACUUUGUUUCAGCCUCAGACAAGCUUCUACAGCAACUUGGCCAAGGACUGUGUGGCCCAGGGCUGCUGUGUAGAUCUGUUCCUUUUUCCAAACCAAUAUUUGGAUGUGGCAACACUGGGGGUGGUUCCUUACCAGACAGGUGGCACCAUUUAUAAGUACGCCUAUUUCCAGCUGGAGACAGACCAAGAGCGGUUCCUGAAUGACUUGCGCAAAGAUGUCCAAAAGGAAGUGGGAUUUGAUGCUGUGAUGAGGGUGCGCACAAGCACGGGUAUUCGAGCAACAGACUUCUUUGGAGCUUUCUACAUGAGCAACACGACGGAUGUGGAGCUGGCAGGUCUGGACUGUGAUAAAACCAUCACAGUGGAAUUCAGACAUGAUGACAAACUGAGUGAAGAUAGUGGGGCGCUUCUUCAGUGUGCUCUGUUGUACACAAACUGUGCAGGACAGCGACGACUCCGCAUUCACAACCUCUCCCUGAACUGUUGCACGCAACUUGCUGACCUCUACCGGAAUUGCGAGACAGACACACUCAUUAACUUCUUGGCUAAGUUUGCGUAUCGUGGGGUUCUGAAUAAUCCAGUCAAGACAGUGCGAGACACGCUGAUCAACCAGUGCGCACAGAUUCUGGCAUGUUACCGAAAAAACUGUGCUAGCCCCUCUUCUGCUGGCCAGCUGAUCCUCCCUGAAUGCAUGAAGUUGCUCCCUGUGUACUUGAACUGUGUGUUGAAGAGUGAUGUCCUGCAGCCUGGGGCAGAAGUCACCACUGAUGACCGCGCCUACAUCCGCCAGUUAGCCAGCUCCAUGGAUGUAGCAGAAACAAACGUUUUCUUUUACCCCAGGCUUUUGCCUCUGACCAAAGUAGAUGUUGACAGCGACACCUUGCCAGCAGCAAUCCGGAACUCUGAAGAGCGACUCUCUAAGGGCGACAUGUACCUGCUAGAGAAUGGACUGAACAUCUUUGUGUGGGUAGGAGUGAAUGUACAGCAGGGCCUGAUCCAGAACCUCUUUGGAGUGUCAUCCUUCAACCACAUCAGCAGCACUCUGAGUACCUUGCCAGUCUUGGAAAACCCCUUCUCUAAGAGAGUGCGAUCCAUCAUUGACAUGUUCCAGGCACAAAGAUCCCGCUACAUGAAGCUAAUAAUUGUGAAGCAAGAAGAUAAAUUGGAGAUGCUAUUCAAACACUUUCUGGUGGAGGACAAGAGCAUGAGUGGUGGGGCUUCAUAUGUGGACUUCCUCUGUCAUAUGCACAAGGAGAUUCGGCAGCUACUGAGCUAGAGGAGGGAGUGGUGCUGGACUCCAGCAGUGACAUUUCAGUCUCCACUAACCACCUGAUCAGUGGGCCCAGCUCCCUCAAGAAGGACAACAUAGAAACCUGUAUAAUUCCGUAAUUUUUAAUACACAUUGCAUAAGCAGAGAUCCUUUCAACCUCUCCCAGCCCCAUUUGAGAGAGAUAUGCAAAAUUUCCUGGUGAGGGCAGAGAAAAGGCCUUUGAAACAGGUCUUUUACCUGUCUCUAAAUUGUUUCCUGUACUUGGCAGGAAUCUACCCCCUUAUGCUCGCUAAUCCUGUUGUAAUGAAUGUAGUUUCUCAGUUCACUGUACAUGAUUCAGCAUUGGGUGAAAAAGCGAUAACUCUUCAAAACUACUAGUCGUUGCUGUGUGUUUGUGCGUGCGUGCAUGCUCAAAGAGUGAAGAGGAGCCAGGAGGGGGAGGACAGGAGGCAGGCCAUCCAGCCAGAUGGUGGGAGUUGGAGCACUUAAGCAUUUUUUUACAUCUCCUUUCUAGUUUAGGGGAAAAUACAACAUGCAGAGCACAAACUGCAGCUUGUGGCCCUCUGGACUCAGGAGUCUUCAUUUAAAAACAAACAAACAACUUAUCAGCUGAGCUGUGAGCCAGGGGCUAGCAGGACAAAUCCUUCCCAUAUCUCUACAUCUUUAUUAUAGUAAGAGUUGCUGUGCAGAACUGUAGUAGAAUAAAUAAUUUUUAAAAGUGAGUGAGCAACAAUCAACAGCUGCUGAAUGGGAGAGGGAUAGAAUCAGUGCCUUCUGUUGGCAUGAAUGGCACCCCCGCAACCACCUUCCCUUCCUUGGGAAGAGCAACCUCCCCUAUCUUAUUUUUCUGUGUAGCAUCAUCUUACCCCUUCCAUGUUCUAUGGCCUCUUGUCACUCACUUGUUUUACUAGAGCCUACCUACACUGUUCUAUUCAUGGUGAUCAUACCCGCCGCCUCCCUGCUUCAGUUUAAAUAGGAAAUAUUUUUAGCAAGGUGACAUGGGGCUGUAGGGAACAGGAUAUGGAUGACAAGGUGGCCGUUUUCUGUUCAGACUAGGCUGAAUCACAGCAAAUAAGCAAGGAUCUGAAUUCUACUGGUGCAAACUUGAGACUGCUUUGUACCCCAGAGUGCAAGGAAGGGGAUGCAAAGGAACAAGAAUAGAGUUUAAACUGCGCUGCAUAAGGUAAUACCAAAUACUUGACCUCAGUUGCUGGGAAGGUGCCAUAGUGGAAAGAAUAUUUUCAACGCUGUAUGUUUAUACCCCCUGUUCUACUUACUGAUCCAUCUGCAUAGAAAACUUUUUAUAAGCCUGUUUGUUAACCUAAGAUACCUCAGAAAGAUUAGCCCAUCCACUUUGUGGCUGGCCACUCUGCCUCUCCACUCUGUAAGGAUGGACGAGAGGACUCCUGCAAAGGGGAGUGAUGAGUCUAAAUCAGAUUCAAAAUUCUAAGGGCUUGUUCAUUAAUUUUUGAACGGGGGGUAAUUUACUUUAACACUGACAGAGCUCUUACAACACCCAGGAUUUAGUGAGGGGGCAGCAGCACUGAAGAUGGGAGGGAGAAGUGGGAGAAUAUGCAGAAUAAUGGGUGAAAAGAUUGGAUGCAGUUAGAGGACAUGUUUUAGCUGGACUUGGCUUUCCAAAAUAAGGUCCUUGUGCAGAAGACCUGUUUUGUUUUAAAACAAAAAACUUGGCUCUGUGGUUUUAGUCCCAUUUACAGUGUGUGUAAAUCUGUUUUUCUUCUACUGCCGCUAGUUUUGUCUUUUCUCGUAUCACUACACACACAGGGGAAUGAAAACGGUAAUGAAGAAACUCCUUUAAGAUGCAGUAGACAAUUCUUCAGCAUUUUUUGGUAUGUAUGUGGCUGACAUUUUUUUACCCCAUACACUGCCUCCAACCAAAAAUGUAGAGGUUUUUUUUUUUAAAGCCACUGAAGAGAGCUUCCCAGGAAUACAAUGCUCGGCAACCACAGACUUCCACAAUACUAAUUUCUAGUAUUAAUAUAAGAGAGGGAAAUAAGCUCAUAAGUGAACCUUUCAUUUUCUUCACUCUUGUUUUUUUUCCAAUGCAUCUUUUAAUUUGUAAAGAAAUAAAAAAAAUAUAUUAAGAUGUAUUUUAUGUCAUUGUUAGUAAAUAAACACUGCUGAUUAUUUUUCCAAACCCUAUACUUGGGGGUGGGGAGGGAGGAAGGGGAAAGACUGGGGUCUAGGUGGGUAAUCACAAUCUAACCUGCUGCCAAUCAAGUUCUGUAUUUUUAAUAUUUCCUGUUUGGAUGUGUUUAACUUUCCACCCCUUCUGAAACUUUAUUUUGCUGAGAACAUUCCCUUUCCGCUGAGAUGGCUUGGGUUAAAUUGCGAUUGCUUUUUGGUCUAUUUCCAUAACCAUUCUAGUUGAUAUUUUGAGACAGUAUUAUUAACUACAAUUAGAAUCUCAAGGACCCCAUUUUUCUCAGAGUACCCCAUCAUUAAGAUGGCAAGAGAAUUACUGAUUUUCUUUGAAUCCAAAAAUGAAGUGCAAAUUAAACACAGCAGUUGGCAACAGCAUUCUUGCAAGUCUAGGCUAAACUUGUAAUCUGUGCAUUGCACUUUAAUUUGAAUCUCAUUGUCGUCUCUAUACACUUGACUGUAGCCUAAAACAUAGAUAUUGUACAUUUAACACUGAUGAAAAUAAUCUUUUCUUCAAUCUGUAUAUGAAAAAACAAGCCAAUUAUUGCUAAAUACCCAUCAUUAUUUUCUGGAGAGAUUCCAGUCUGUUACAGAGGGCAUGUUCCUAUAUUUGUUAUGUCCAAAAUCACUGCUGAACUGAUACUUUGAGAUAAGUGAUGGGCUUUGUGCAUUAAUUAUCUGGAAUAAAUUGUGUCUGCAGGAAUGUUGUGAGA